GAAAGAUAGAUACUACCAGACAUCUCUCUCAGUGGGCAAACCUAGCUGAUCCGCUAACACUUACCGUUAUAACAUUUGCCCUUUUUUCGAAUUUUUGAAUGCAACGAGUGUCUUGUGAUUCAGACUUCAGAAAGUGUAUUCGUCCGUUCCGAUUUAUUUUAGAUAUAGGACAUCACCAGCUGACUAUCUAGGUAGCUGCUAGCUAUCCAGCUACCAGGCUGGCUAACUAGCUACUCAGCUGUCAAAACAAACAUCAAGAAACGUGAACGUUUACGAGGAACUUAUCUAUUCAGAAUAAUGGAGCAGCACAAUACGACAUACUCCGUCCAGCUUUACAUAUACGAUCUGUCCAGGGGGAUGGCACGUCAGCUCAGCCCUAUUAUGUUGGGAAAACAGCUUGAUGGAAUCUGGCACACUGCCAUUGUGGUUUUUGGAGAGGAGUUUUUCUUUGGAGGUGUUGGCAUCUCAAGCUGUGCACCGGGUGGUACGAUGUUGGGCCCUCCAGACUCUGUGGUGGAACUUGGAAACACAGAGGUGAAUGAAGAGAUUUUUAUGGACUACCUCUCAUCGCUCGGGGAGACCAGUUACAGAGGAGACCGCUACCGACUGUUUGAGCACAAUUGUAACACCUUCACCGACGAGGUGGCCCAGUUUCUCACCGGCCGGAAGAUUCCGUCCCACAUCACAGACCUUCCCUCUGAGAUCCUCUCAACGCCUUUCGGCCAGGUGCUGCGGCCCAUCCUGGACUCCAUCCAUAUCGCUCCCCCAGGUGGCAAUGUGAUCAACGGCCAUAACAACCACAGUUAGACCCCCUGCUGACCACACUCUCAGGCAAGAGAACACACAACGCCCCUUUAGCUGACACACUAUGUGGUGCAGGUCUGCUUUCUUCUGUACUAUACCGAACACGACGGCUUUUGCUCUUUGUAGUUCACGUGUAUUUAUGACGCUUUGAGUAUAUGUAUAUACAUAUAUAUAUAUAUAUGAACAUGUUCUGUUGUGCACAAAUUUGCACAUUUCUACCCUGGUUUGGAAUCUCUGUCUUUGUUUUUUUUUUUUUUUUGCUUUCCUUUUUCCGAAAAUUGUUCUCACUUUCCUCCCUUUUCUUAAAGUGAAUCACUUCACACUGCUGAACCUUGAACCUUUAUGUCAGAUGUGUGUAUUUAUUAUCGGCUUGUCCCGUGGUGUGUUUAGUCAACAUUUCCUCUUCUCCUCUGUCCUCUCCGGUCUGUCACAAUGGAGACCAAUAUCCUGUACUGAAACAUAGGCAGAGCCUAUCACAUAAUACCUGGGGGUCUUACUGCUCUAACUCCCAAUGCCAAAUCCAGAGUGAAGCAUCAAAAAUACAUUCGUGUUUGACAGAGCAGAAGAGCAAAACAGUAUCUCAGAGCUCAGGAGAAAGCCCAGUCUUACUGGCUCAGUGUUGGUUUCCAAAACAUUUGUUGCUGAAUCAUUCGGUUGAUUUGCUCUGUCAUUUUUACUCUACAAUGCAUCGAGAAAUGCAACCAUUCUGAAGCCAAGAGCCAACUCUGAUCGCUUGUGUAGACUUAAUCCAAAUCAGCAAUUCAAAAGCAAAAUCAAGUUAUGUUCAUAGGAGAGGGUUUGUGUGUGUGUGUGUGUGUGUGUGUAUAUGUGUGUGUGCAUGGAUGCGCGUGUCCUUGUCUGUGCGCAUGUGUGAGCCUCUGCCUGUGUGUGUGUGUGUGUGUGUGUGUGUGUGUGUGUGUGUGUGUGUGUAAACCUAUAUUUAUUUAGUUCUAACCCCAGUUCUGUGAGGUGGAAAAGAUCAUCACUCUCUAUCCACCAGAGGGAGUAUGUGAGAAUCUGACUAAAAGAAGGGUUCAUCUCACCUUCACCCCCAGCUGUAGUUGCCCAGCUCUGUGGCGAGUGGAGGGCCUUAGAUUUUCAUGCCCCACCAGACGGUGUGAGUAAUGUACACCUCGGUGCCUUCCCCCCCCCCCCCCCGGUCCGCCCUUCCGCCCCUUCGUUGGCACUCACGCACGCACGCUCACCAACCUGGAAGAGUUUGGCACUGUUACCCUAGCAACAGGCUUGAGAGGGAAGAAGGAGCGCAAGAGGCGGAGUCAACCCCCCGCAAACAUACACACGCACGCACAUACACACGCAGCAUGCACACACACACGUCACACACACACAUGUACAUACUCACGUACAUACGUCCCCUUAACAAAGGCAACCUCCAGAAGAGUGCAGUAGGGAUCAUUAACAUGUUGUCAUCAGGUAUUUAUUUUCCUGCUGGAGCUGGCUGUAGCUCAGGCAUUGCUGUUUGAAGUUGUUGCUGCAUCUGAAAUAUGUAAGCAAUGUUAGUGAAUAUAUGCCUCAUAUAAAUAGUUCUAAUGUACUUUGUGUGUACAUUUGUAUUUGAAGGUAGACUUUUCAUGAAGACCUACAUCUCGCGCAGCGAUGUGUUUGCUUUUUUUUUUUAAUGUUUGGCUUUAAUAAACGGCAAAUCUGGAAUUGACAACCAGUGCCAUGUUGGGUAAGCACUAACAUUUACAAAGCUGGUGUUCAUUCAGCUACUCAUAUCACCAGGAGACUCUUGAAGUUCUUAAGCCAAUAUGAUGAAGUAAGGCGUGGAGGAGGGAAGAGGAGUGAAAGCUCGCCGGUUGUGCAGUCGUACUGUACGACCGAAUACACUAGAAUCUGGCUAUGGACUCAACACAGCUAUAGGGGCCAUGCAUUAGUAGCCUGGCAGUACAUUUUAGACGUUGUGGGUAGUGUCACAGUGCCACAUUUGAUGUACACUGUGUGUGUGUGUGUGUGUGUGUACAGUAUGUGUGUGUGUGUGUGUGUGUGAGAGAGAGAGUGUGUGAAUGAGACAGGUGUUAAUACCCUGGGAUCUUUUUUGUAAUGUUUUCUUUUAUCCCCAUUAAACCUGCUCUCUACCAGCUGUUAACCAAUAUGACCUAGAGCACAUCAACCCUCAUCAUGUGAAAUUAUAUAUGGUAUGUUUAUUUGGUUUUAUGGAAAAGUUAAUCAUUUAAAAUAUUUCCUAUGUUAAGUAUUUAUUUAUCUUAUUUAUGUUAUUUGUAUUGUGUAAUUAUGAUUUUUUUUUUCAUUUGCCAUUCAUUGUCAUGUGUAGAUGUAUAUGUGAAGCCAUCAUCCAUAAGUAUUCUUACAUGCACUACAGCCUUGAAUAAAUUGCUUAUGUUCCAACCUACUUCUGCUUUAGUUUGAAUAAAAUAUGCUCAGA